CAGUUGAGCGCGAGUUCUCGAGCUGCACAGUUGCAAGUUAUAAGCCGUCGUUGAAUUUAACUUGUCGUAAUAAUUUUAUAGACAUAUAUUUCGAUUAAUAUUUUGUCAUAAUAAUAACAAUAAUGUUUAAUUGUUUAUAUUAAUGUUUUUUUCAAAUUAAUUAAUUCUGUGAUUUUUGAACAAAUUAAUAUUUAAUUUUUUUUUUUUUUCUUCAUUAAGACUGUUUGUGAAAUUAUAUACUGAAUUUUUUUUUUCAUUUAUAGUUUGUUUGUUAAUGUAAAACGUUUCAAAGUGUUUAUAAAAUUGGAUAAAAAAUAAAUAAUAAUUGAAAAUAAUUUAAAUGUGAAUGAGUUGUUUUUUUUUUUGUUUCUGUUUUAAAACAAAUUUGUGCAUCGAUUUUUUCAAUUAUUUGUUAUACUAUUUUGUGAUUAUUAAAUAGCUGAUUGGACUGACUAUUUGAUAAUAAUUUUUAUUUUUCAAAGUUUGGUAAUAUGUGCAGUGUACCAAGUAAAUAAAGAUCCAAAGAAGCCAAAUAAAUUUUUAAAUGCAAUGUUGUUAUAGAAAAAAUUCAAUACCGAAACCAACCAAGUGCAAGUGGGUAAAGUGACAAAAUACAAUAAAUAAAAAAAAUUAAAAUUUAUAUACAAUAUAUCCGGCAAUUAAUAAAGUAAAAAAAAAAAAAUAAAAAAAAAUUGUAUAUAAAUAAAAUUUGACGUACCCUGAAAUUGGGUACGUUUGUUAAUUUGAAAUAAAACAGCAUCAAGAUAAAGUCACCGGCUUUGUCGAAUUGGGAUGAGCAGGAUCGGGUAUUGGCGUUAGUGGUGGACACCGUUGUUGGCACUAACGGGUCAACCGGUGGAGAAGGGGGCCCCAUAUUUGGCCCCCCAACGGGCCAAGUAGAUGAAAUAAAUGCAUCAUUACACACGGCAUCAACAGCCGUUUCAUCAUCAAUUAUAAAUUCAAAUAAUAUAAUUAAAAAAAAUAAAACAACAACAAGAAAUUUAAAUUUAACAAAUGAAAUUAAUAAUACAACAAUAAUAAAUCCACUUUGUCAUAGUGAUAAUUUGUUAGAAACAGUUAUUGAUAAUUCAAGUACAGGUGUUAUACGUAGAUUUGAUUGUGCAACUGGUUUUAGUGAAUAUUAUAAUAUUUAUACUAGAGUUGUAAUACCACCUGGUAAUAUACAACGAAAUAAUAAUAAUAAAAAUAAGCGUAAAUUUAUUGAUAUCCUUGAGGGUUCAAAUAAAAAAAUUAAAAAUAUUAACGAUAAACUUAUUAAAAUUUUUAAAGCCAUGACACCAACUUGGUCAAUGCGUUUGUUAAGUGUAAGUUGUGGUUCGGUGGUAUGUGCCUGGGGACUAUUACUUGUUCUAUCAGUACUUGGUGGUGGUGCAUCACAUGGUACUGGUGAACAUGAAUAUGGUGGCUUUGAUAAUGUUGGUAAUAUGGAAGAUCUUAAUGGUGCUAAAUGCCCAUGGGCAUGCUCAUGUACUGGACAGGAUCUUGAUUGUUCGGAAAGAGGUCUUACUCAGGUGCCUGGGGAUCUUGCUGUUCUCGCCGAAAAAUUAGAUUUGCAGGGUAACAAUAUAUCGGUUAUCUUUAAAACUGACUUUGAAGACAUGGCAGCACUUCAUGUUUUGCAACUGUCAAGUAAUCAGAUUCAUACUAUUGAAAGAGGUGCCUUCAAGGAUUUAGUAGCUGUUGAAAAACUUCGUCUGAACAACAAUCAAAUUCGCUAUCUACCAGACACUCUUUUUAGCAAUAUGAUGAAUCUACGAAGAUUAGACCUCAGUCACAAUCAAAUUGCCAUGAUUGGACCAAAAACACUUCGUGGAGUUUCAGCACUUAAACAUCUACUGCUUGAUAAUAAUGUGCUGACCUGCAUUGAUGAAGGUGCAAUCAGAGAACUUAAAGAUCUUGAAAUUUUAACACUAAACAACAACAAACUUACAACCCUUGGGAAAGAAAUGCUUUUUGGUUUAUCGCGUCUACGUACACUAAAACUUCUUGAUAACUUUCUAUCAUGUGAUUGUCAUCUUGCUUGGUUGUCACGUCAUUUGAAGAGCAUUCCUCGACUUGGACAGCAUACAAAAUGUGCAUCACCAGCUCAUCUCAAGGGACAAAAUCUUGUCGAUUUGCAAGAGCAUGAAUUCAAAUGUUCUGGUCUUGUUGAACCUCGUACUGGAUCAGAAUGCACAUCGGAGCCACAAUGUCCACACCCAUGCAGAUGUGCUAAUAGUAUUGUUAAUUGUCGAAGUCAAUCCUUGGAAAAAGUACCAACACAUUUACCGGAAGAUACCACAGAACUACGAUUGGAACAAAAUGGUAUAACAGAAAUACCACCAAAAGCAUUUUCACCCUACCGAAAAUUACUACGAAUUGAUCUCAGUAAUAAUAAAAUAAAAAAAGUAGCUGCUGAUGCAUUUCAUGGUUUAAAAGCACUUGAAUCAUUAGUAUUGUAUGGAAAUAAAAUAACAGAACUACCGGGUGGAGUUUUUCAAGGACUAUCAAGUUUACAAUUACUACUACUCAAUGCAAAUGAUAUAUCCUGUAUUCGAACUGAUCUGUUUCGUGAUCUGACCAGUUUAACACUGUUGUCAUUGUAUGAUAAUAAUAUCAAAUCACUUGCAAAUGGAACAUUUACAAAUCUUCGAAGCAUCAAAACACUACAUUUGGCUAAAAAUCCAUUCAUCUGUGAUUGUAAUCUUCGCUGGUUGAGUCUUUAUCUUCAUGAGCAUCCAAUCGAAACAUCCGGGGCUAAAUGUGAAUCACCAAAGAGAGCUGCUAAACGAAAAAUUGACGUGAUGCGGGAUGAAAAGUUCAAAUGUAAGGGUGAUGAAAAAUUAUUGACAAAAAGAGCUGGUGAAUGUGUAUUACCUGGUGCAUGUCCAUCACCAUGUACAUGUAAUGGUGCAACAGUUGAUUGUUCAGAUAAAAAAUUAACAGCGAUACCAAAAGAAUUACCAAUUUACACAUCAACACUUCUAUUGGGUAAUAACGAUAUUGAAAAAAUAAAAGCAGAUAGUUUCUUUGAAAAAUUACCAGAACUACAACAUCUUGAUUUACGAAGAAAUAAAAUAAGUCGAAUUGAAGCUGGUGCAUUUAAAGGUGCUCAUAAAUUAACUGAAUUAUUAUUGUCAGAUAAUAAAUUACGUGAAGUACACAACAAAAUGUUUAUUGGUCUCGCUAAUAUAAAAACACUAAAUUUAACUGGAAAUGCAAUAACAUGUGUGAUGACUGAAUCAUUUGACAAUUUACCACACCUUCGAAAUAUUAAUAUGCAGGGUAAUCCAUUAUCUUGCAAUUGUCAUUUGGCAUGGUUUGCUGAGUGGUUGAGAACUCAUGACAUACCUGGAAUUAUUGGACGUUGCCAUGAUCCUCCAAGAUUGAAGGAUGCUCAUGUUAAGGACAUUCCACGUCAUGAAUUCAAGUGUACAAAUGAUAGUGUUGGUUGUCUUGGAGAUGAUUAUUGUCCGCCUCGUUGUCAUUGUGCUGGAUCAGUUGUGAGCUGUUCUAGAUCACAUCUAACUGAAAUACCUCGUGGAAUUCCACCUGAAACAACUGAACUUUAUCUUGACGUUAAUGAUAUUAAAACAAUUCAGCCAGAAAGACUGAGUCAUUUGAGACUACUAACAAGACUAGAUUUGAGUAAUAAUCAAAUUGUUAUGUUGGCGAAUGAUACAUUUAGCAAUUUAACAAAAUUGUCACAUCUAAUUAUUAGUUACAACAAAUUGCAGUGUGUUCAAAAAAAUUCAUUAGCUGGACUAAAAUCUUUACGAAUAAUCUCUCUCCAUGGUAACGACAUUUCAACAAUUCCAGAAGGAGCAUUUGACGAUUUAGAAUCAAUAACACACUUAGCACUGGGUUCAAAUCCACUUUACUGUGAUUGCCACAUGCAAUGGCUCGCUGAAUGGGUAAAAAAAGACUUGGAUGUUGAACCGGGAAUAGCAAGAUGUAUGGAACCACCAGCAAUGAAAGAAAAACUUCUUUUAACUGCUCCAUCAACUGCAUUUCAAUGCAAAACCAAGCAACAACCUGCCGAGGUCAUGGCCAAAUGCGAUGUGUGCUACACUUACCCAUGUCAAAACGGAGGAACAUGUGAGACAUUACAGAAUUGGCAAUUCAAUUGCCAGUGCACGCCAGGAUAUCACGGGGACAGGUGUCAACAUAAAAUUGACGCGUGCUAUGGAAAUCCUUGCCGGAACACCGGAACUUGCAAAGUACUGGAAGAAGGCAGAUUCAGUUGCGACUGUGCCCCCGGUUACGAGGGUCUCAGAUGUGAAAACAAUGUCAACGAUUGUGCAACAAACAAAUGCACAAACAACGCAACCUGCGUGGACCUCAUUCAGGCCUACAGAUGCGACUGUACCCCAGGAUUCAUGGGAGAAUACUGCGAGAAGAAAAUACCCUUCUGUUCAAAAGGACACAAUCCAUGUGAAAACGAUGGAAGAUGUGUCGACCACAAGACCCACUACAGCUGCGAGUGCCCGAUCGGCUUCUCCGGCUUCAAUUGUUCUACCAACUUGGAUGACUGUAUUAAUCAUCUGUGCCAGAACGGUGCUCCUUGCAUCGACGGCAUAAACAAUUAUGAAUGUAAAUGCCCAGCAGAUUACACGGGAAGGUUUUGUGAAACAGCACCGUCAACAGCAAUGCUGUAUCCACAAACAUCACCAUGUGCACAUCAUGAUUGUCAACACGGUGCCUGUUAUCAACCUACCCCUGAUUCUGCUGCUGGUUAUUUGUGCCAGUGCCAUCCCGGUUAUACUGGAAAACGAUGCGAGUACCUGACGAGUCUGAGCUUCGUGGAUAAUAGCUCGCUGGUCGAGCUUGAGCCGCUUCGAACGAAGCCUGAGGCUAAUGUGACCAUCGAAUUUAAAACAACACAUGAAAAUGGUGUAUUACUUUAUAAUGGAAUGGAACAAAGUGGUGAACAUAUUGCAGUUGAAUUAUUUAAUGGUCGUUUAAGAAUAUCAUAUGAUGUUGGUAAUUAUCCAACAUCAACAAUGUACAGUUAUGAAAUGGUAUCUGAUGGUAAAAAACAUAUUGCUGAAUUUAUUGCAAUUAAAAAAAAUUUUACAUUACGUGUUGAUGAUAAUCCAGCAAGAAGUAUUAUUAAUGAAGGUACACGUGAAUAUCUUAAAUUAAAUACACCAAUGUUUGUUGGUGGUAUUUCAUCAGAAGUUGCAGCAACAGCAUUUUCACAAUUUCAUUUACGAAAUGUUACAAGUUUCAGAGGUUCCAUUUUAAAUAUGUGGAUCAAUCAUAAGCUUGUAGACUUUAGUAAUGCUGCAAAAAGAUUUCGAGUUACUCCUGGUGCAUUUGGGGAAGAAGAAGCUGAUGAAGCAGAAAAAGAACCCAGUGAAAUUAUCGCACCACAAGAAGAUAACAUGGAUGAUCUUUUGCAGCAUGAAGAUGUUGUCCAACAUCCAUCUGAAAUAGUGGCUGUUCAAAGUGCAAGUAUUAUUGAUCCCUGUACCGGCAAUGAGUGUCACAAAGGUUCUGAAUGUGUUACUUCACAAUUUGGCACUAGUUACACUUGUCGUUGUCAAACCGGUUGGCAGGGACAAUACUGCGAAAAAGCACCGACAUGCCGAAAAGAACACACACGAGAAUAUUACAGCGAAAACGGAUGCCGCAGUAGACGACCAGUUAAAUUGGCAAAAUGCUGGGGAAGCUGUGGUAAUUCAUGCUGCUUACCAAGAAAAACAAAACGUCGUAAGGUUCGUCUUAUUUGCAAUGAUGGCAGAAGAUACACUAAAGACGUUGAUCUCGUUCGUAAAUGUACAUGCACAAAAAAAUGCUACUAGACUGGAUUCAAACUGAUAAAAAGAAAAAAAAAGAAAAAAAACAUAAUAAUAAUAAAAAUAAUAAUAAUACUACUACAAAUUAAUUAACCAUUUAAAUGUCGCCACAUCUCGUCAUAUUCCAUUUUAUAAAAUAAACUUAAUAACAAUAAAUAAGUUACGAUACAUAUAUAAUGUCAACUGAUAAACCCCAUAUUAUAAUAUCAAGCAGCACUGCCGAAAAUAAAGAAAAUUAAAAAAAAAAAAAAAGUGUCAAAUUUAUAAAUUGUUUGGCACAAGAGU